AGAGAAUGACAUACAUGAAGAGGAAGAUAUAGAGAGGAAAAAAUAUAUAUAUCAAAGAUUUGGUCACAAAAAAAAGGAGUUGCGAGCUUCUUCCUCAUUAUCCGCGUUUGGAGAGAGCAGUUGGGGAUUGAUUUGAAUAUUCAACCUUAAUUUAACCUCCCCCUAUUAAAGUCCUCGAAGCCCUUCAGACAUUUUUGUACCAAAACAAAAUACUUUUUCGUCAACAACAAUGAAUGUAAGGAAGGGCAAUUGGAGAUGCAUAAUUACAAGCUGUUACUUGGCUCAUGAUAAUCAUCAGACAACAAAGCCUUGUGAUAAACCAACAAAGAAGGUGACGAAACAGAGUUCAUUUACAAGAUUUUCAGUUUCAGAUUUGAGUUAUCCGAGCUCAACACUUUCAGAGGAGCUUUCGAUCUCUCUGGCUGGUUCAAACCUUCACGUGUUUACGCUCGCGGAGUUGAAGGUGAUUACGCAAUGUUUUUCAUCAAGUAACUUUCUUGGUGAAGGUGGGUUCGGACCAGUUCACAAAGGGUUCAUUGAUGAGAAGCUUAGGCCUGGUUUGAAGGCUCAGCCGGUCGCCGUCAAGCUCUUGGACUUGGACGGUUCACAGGGUCAUAGGGAGUGGUUGACUGAAGUGAUAUUUUUGGGGCAAUUAAGGCAUCCACAUCUGGUGAAGCUAAUUGGGUAUUGUUGUGAAGACGAGCACAGGGUCUUGGUCUAUGAAUACCUGCCGCGAGGGAGCUUAGAAAAUCAAUUGUUUAGAAGAUAUUCAGUGUCAUUACCAUGGUCAACAAGGAUGAAGAUAGCUUUAGGAGCUGCAAAAGGACUAGCCUUUCUUCAUGAAGCAGAGAAACCUGUAAUAUACAGAGAUUUCAAAGCUUCAAACAUAUUAUUAGACUCUGAUUACACUGCCAAAUUAUCCGAUUUUGGUCUAGCGAAAGACGGUCCGCAAGGUGAUGAAACUCAUGUUUCGACCAGAGUUAUGGGGACUCAUGGCUAUGCUGCUCCUGAAUACAUAAUGACUGGUCACUUGACAUCAAUGAGCGAUGUGUACAGUUUUGGAGUGGUAUUAUUAGAGCUAUUAACAGGAAGAAGAUCAGUAGACAAGAACAGACCACAAAGAGAACAUAAUCUAACGGAGUGGGCAAGGCCAAUGCUAAACGAUGCGCGGAAACUGAACCAAAUCAUGGAUCCAAGACUGGAAGACCAGUACUCAGAGACCGGGGCUCGAAAAGCUGCACAAUUAGCAUAUCAAUGUUUAAGUCACAGGCCUAAACACAGACCAAGUAUGAGUACUGUUGUGAAGAUAUUGGACACUCUCAAGGACUAUGAAGAUAUCCCAAUUGGUCCCUUUGUGUAUACAGUCCCAACUGAGUCUGAUAAAUCCAAAGAAUGUGAAUCACCAAAGGAAGUGAAGAAAGAGAGCCAUGGCCACCAUUAUCACCACAAGAAUCAUCAACUCCAUAAUCAUCGCCAUAAAUCACCUACAAGGUCUCAGAUUGUUCAUUCGGACACUGCUUUGCACAAAAGGGGAAUCCACUCUCCAUUGCACAGAAAAGCCAGGGGAGCAUAGAUUGAUUAGUUCUCAAGUGUAUAAAAUUAUUGUGUAAAUGCAGCUAUUUGGGUAAAGUUUAUGUAUUUACUUAGAUUUCAUUGUUUAAAAAGCUUGAACAACGGGGUUUUUGGUUGA